AUGCUCGCCGACAUCGAAGGCAAAAUAGAUAAAGAACGGAAACACAGAAGAAUAGAGGACAUUCCGACACAAUUCGAUUUGGACGAGAAUAACGAUGACAUAGAUUACAUGAACUACGGAGUUACAAACAUUUGGUGGCACGACUUCCAUGAGCCUGCGCCUGAAAAUUCUACUGAACUUUCUACUACAUCCAAUUUAUUUAAAAAAGCUUCAGAAACAACAGUACAUACCCACCCACCGAACUGGCCAUUCCCAGAGGAUUUUGGUACGAACAUUACACAACAAGAAAGCUUGAUCCAACAUGAUCUGAAGAAUAGUAUAACGGUAGACGGCCUUGGCUACGGCAGUGCUUCCAUAGACAAAUUAUUUGACCAAAUAUUCAAGAAGGAGUUUCGAACCGCAAACGAGUUGUUUGUUACUUUCGUAGUUGACGUAAACGAACGAAUCAGCGCAGGGAAGCUUGCAAGUAUGGGCCAGCCUUUGUUGAGAGCACUAACAGAGUUACUACGCAACAUAGCAAAUAAUAGAUAUGGUGUACAUAGUAAUUAUGCAACAGACAUAAUGGAAAUGGUCCAAACAGUAAUUAAAAACAAAAAUACAUUCAAUGGUGAAUAUAAAGAACUCAUUGAUUUGUACGAUAGCUUGUUUACGAAAGAAGAAGGGGAGGAACUCCUUGCAUCGCUAGAAGUUUUCGAACAUUAUCCUGAGGGAGGAAAAACUCCGGAACAAGUAUGCGAACGGAUCUUAAAUGCCUUCCUAGCUCCGUAUAAUAAGAUAGAGGGUACAGAAGAACAAAAAAAAAUAGUUCGUCUUUUAUACAAAGUUUCUCGAAAAUUAACGGAAAUUUAUGCUCUGUAUAAUGGCUACAACUCAUCUAUCGUACCAGAAGGAGUAUGAACUACAAAAAAAUUGUCCAACACAUAUUACAUAAACAUCCCAGAAUACUAAAGAAAUUAAAUGAACAUCAUAAAGAAAGGAUAAGAAGGCAUCGUCGGGAUUCACGAGACUAUCACAAUUAUGAUGAAACAAUGCGAUGACAUCGGUUGGUGUGGUGGCUGCUGGCUGGGCAACGUGUACGUGUGGCUCGGGUCGAUUCCUCCACGGAGCAACGAUUUGUGUGAUCCACAAAUUGUUAUUCCGGGUCAGGGUGUCACGUGUAUGUGAAAUUGUAUGUUUGUAAACGAA